AUGAAGAUAUCUUGUAAUAAGAGUAACCCUCCACUAGGAGGUCUGCUGGCUGCCGAGCUUUAUAGAUCGUCCGGAAAGAACUUAGAAAUUAUUUGGGGCAAUGAAUCCAAAGUUAUACUUCCCAAUACCUCUAAAGCGGUUCCAUAUGGGACUAGCAAUGAUUUGAUAAGGAUUCUUGAGAACGAGUUUAAUAAGAGCGCUGGACCACUUCAAAAAGUUACAAUGAACCAUUGGCUUUCAUUUAGUCUUGUACUAAACGAAGACAUUUUGCAAUCAGUAGAAUAUCUGGAUAAAAUUUUAGGGCCCUUGACUUACCUUGUUGGAGAAACUAUGUCAGUUUCUGAUUUAGCUGUGUUCAGUGUUUUAUAUGUUUCCAGCAAAUUUAAAGAGGUAUCUGCAAAAUCUCCUCUUACAAAUAUCCAACGAUGGAUGAAACUAAUUCAAGCCCAAGAACCAGUUUUAAAAACACUCAAAGAAAUACCAGACGGUAUUUUGGAUAAUAUCUGUAAGGCUUCUUCAAGGAGAUCUCCAUCAACAAACAAGGAGGCUGGAUCUGGUCGCCCAGCUGAGGGCAAGUAUAUAGAAUUACCUCAUGCUGAGAUGGGCAAGGUUGUCGUGCGUUUCCCGCCUGAAGCUUCCGGAUAUCUCCACAUUGGUCAUGCUAAAGCAGCUUUGUUAAAUCAAUACUACCAGCAAGCUUUUGAAGGAAAACUAGUUAUGAGAUUUGAUGACACUAAUCCUGCUAAAGAAAAUGCUGAAUUUGAAAAGGUGAUUUUAGAGGAUGUCGAAAUGCUAGAAAUUAAACCAGAUAUGUUCACCCACACAUCCCAGUACUUUGACAUGAUGAUGGAUUAUUGUGAAAAGCUUAUUAAAGAGGGCAAGGCCUUUGUUGAUGACACUCCAGCUGAGCAGAUGAAAAAUGAGAGAGAGCAGAAGGUUGAGAGCAAGAAUAGGAAUAAUUCUGUUGAGAAGAAUCUGACACUAUGGGAAGAAAUGAAGAAAGCUAGCUCUGUGGGUAUCCAAUGUUGCGUGCGGGCCAAGAUUGAUAUGCAGUCAACAAAUGGUUGUUUACGUGAUCCCACCAUCUACCGGUGCAAGCCGGAAACCCAUCCGCGAACAGGCACGCAAUAUAAAGUUUACCCUACCUACGACUUCGCUUGUCCAAUAGUGGACUCCGUCGAAGGCGUAACUCAUGUGCUGCGCACCAUGGAGUACCACGACCGGGACCCUCAAUUCUAUUGGUUCAUUGACGCCCUGGGCCUGAGGAAGCCGUACAUAUGGGAAUACAGCAGAUUGAGCAUGACUAACACAGUGUUGUCCAAGCGUAAACUCACCUGGUUCGUCGAGGAAGGACUGGUUGACGGAUGGGACGACCCGCGAAUGCCCACCGUGCGUGGGGUGCUGAGGCGCGGGAUGACCGUGGAGGCGCUGCGCCAGUUCAUCCGCGCGCAGGGCUCCAGCCGCUCCGUGGUCUUCAUGGAGUGGGACAAGAUCUGGGCCAUCAACAAGAAGGUCAUAGACCCUAUAGCGCCGCGUUACACCGCCCUGGAACCGAACCCGGUGCCGGUGAACCUGAGGGGUGUGACUUCGGACAGCACCCUCGAGGUGGCGCUGCACCCUAAGAAUCCGGACGUCGGCACCAAGAUAGUGUGGGUCUCCCCGCGGCUGCUCGUCGACCAAGUGGACGCCGCCGCCCUCAAGGAGGGGGAGAACGCAACAUUCAUCAACUACGGAAACGUGAUGAUCGAUAAAAUUCACAAGGCACCUGAUGGCUCUGUAGCCAGCGUCGACGCCACUCCGAAUCUGGAAAACAAGGAUUACAAGAAGACCUUGAAGCUGACCUGGUUGGCGGACACCCCACAGUCCCCCACCGUGGAGACCUAUUGCGUGUUCUUCGACCACAUCAUAUCGAAGCCAGUGCUCGGAAAGGACGAGGACUUUAAAAAGUACAUUGGCCAUCAAACGAGGUGGGAGCGGCUGAUGUUGGGCGAGCCGGCGCUGGAGCGGGUGCGCGCCGGCGACUUGUUGCAGCUGCAGCGGCGCGGCUUCUUCCGCGCUGACGUGGCCGCAGCGGCGCCCUCGGCCCACACCGGCCGCGCUACGCCGCUCGUGCUCUUCCACGUGCCCGACGGCCACAGCAAGGAAAUGCCCGGCCAGCCAAAAUCUGUGCAGACGACACAGGCGAAGCAAGCUGCGCCAACCGCUGAGGCGGCAGGGGACGCGGCCAAAUUGAACGAGGAAGUCGCUAAGCAGGGUGAGCUGGUGCGCUCCCUGAAGGCCGCAAAGGCGGACAAAGCGAAGGUGGACCAAGCAGUGAAGGUCCUGCUGGAUUUGAAAGCCAAAUACAAGGAGGCCACGGGACAGGAUUGGAAGCCAGGUGCGGCUCCCGCUGUGGCCACGUUGCCAGCCGGUGACGCCUCGACCCUCGACCAGGCGAUCACGAAGCAGGGUGACCUGGUGCGAUCGCUGAAGACCACCAAAGCGGACAAGGCCAAAGUGGACGAGGCGGUCAAGGUCUUAUUGGACCUCAAAGCCAAGUACAAGGCGACCACCGGACAGGAUUGGAAGCCGGGUGCGGCGCCAGCACCAGCCAAGCCGCCGGCCGGUGACGCCUCAACCCUGGACCAGGAGGUCGCGAAGCAAGGCGACCUGGUGCGAUCGCUCAAGGCGUCCAAAGCGGACAAGGCCAAAGUGGACGAGGCCGUCAAGGUCUUACUGGACCUCAAAGCCAAGUACAAGGCGGCCACUGGACAGGAGUGGAAACCUAGUUCGGUGUCAGCCCCAAGUCAGACUGGUGACGCGUCUACCCUCGACCAGGAGAUCACGAAGCAGGGCGACCUCGUCCGUUCCCUCAAGUCCAGCAAAGCGGACAAGGCGAAGAUCGACGAAGCAGUCAAGACCUUACUAGAUCUAAAGUCUAAAUACAAAGCUGCUACCGGAAAGGACUGGAAGCCGACACCGCAGAGUCCCGCGCCAGCUCCUCAACCGGCCGACAACGCGGAGGUGGACGCCCUCUCGCUGGCCAUCGCCGCCCAGGGCGACAAGGUGCGACAGCUCAAAGGCGCGAAAGCCGACAAGUCCGUCGUCGACGUCGAGGUGAAGAAACUCUUGAACCUGAAGGCCCAGUACAAAUCCAUCACCGGCGCGGACUGGACUCCGAGCGCUGCGAACAAGGACUCCAAAAAGGGCGAAACGAAGGUGGAAAGCAAGGCUGCGCCAGACGUACAAAUGGACAAGGCAACCGCUCUCGCGUCUGACAUCACUAAGCAGGGCGACCGAGUCAGAGAGCUCAAGUCGAGUAAAGCUGAUAAGGGCGUGAUCGACGCGGAGGUGAAGAAGCUUCUGGAGCUGAAGGCCCGGUACCAGGCGGAGACUGGUACGCCGUUCGCCGCCCCCGCCCCCGCACCGCGCAAGGACAAGAAGGACAAGCCCAAGGAGCCCAAGAAGGAGCCCAAACAGAAGGAACCGUCGCCAAAGCCCGCCAAAGAGGAUGCUGCGUCAGGAGUGAAGAAGAUAACGAGGCUCGGUCUGGAAGCGAGCAAGGAAACCGACUUGCCCGAGUGGUACUCUCAGGUCAUCACAAAGUCCGAGAUGAUCGACUACUACGACAUCUCCGGCUGCUACAUCCUUCGCCCGUGGUCGUACAGCAUAUGGGACCUGAUCAGGAGCUUCCUCAGCCCGCAGCUGAGGACGCUCGGCGUCAAGGACGGUUACUUCCCGAUAUUCGUGUCCAAAGCGGCGCUGGAGCGCGAGAAGACGCACAUCGCGGACUUCGCGCCCGAGGUGGCGUGGGUGACGCACUCGGGCGGCUCCGAGCUGGCCGAGCACAUCGCCGUGCGGCCCACCUCGGAGACCGCCAUGUACCCGGCCUACGCGCGCUGGAUACAGAGCCACCGCGACCUGCCCUACCGGCUCAACCAGUGGAACAACGUCGUGAGAUGGGAGUUUAAGCAGCCCCAGCCGUUCCUGCGCACGCGCGAGUUCCUGUGGCAGGAGGGGCACACCGCAUUCCGCACCGCGGAGGAAGCCGGCGAAGAGGUCCUGCAAAUAUUAGACCUCUACGCGCGGGUGUACGAAGAGCUGCUGGCCAUACCCGUGAUAAAGGGCCGCAAGACGGAGAAGGAGAAGUUCGCGGGAGCCGAUUACACUACCACCGUGGAGGCAUACGUGCCGGCCAGCGGGCGCGGCAUUCAGGGAGCCACCAGUCACCACCUGGGGCAGAACUUCUCGAAGAUGUUCGAAAUCGUUUACGACGAUCCGGACACGCAGGAGAAGAAAUACGUGUACCAGAACUCGUGGGGAAUCACCACCAGGACUAUAGGAGUAAUGAUAUUGGUGCACGGUGAUGACAGAGGCUUAGUGUUGCCACCGCGAAUUGCCGAAAUACAGGCAAUAGUUGUUCCGUGUGGCAUCACCGCCUCCAGCACGCCCGAGGAGCGGAAGAACUUGAUAGACUCUUGCAAGCAGCUCGUUGACGACCUUGUGAGGUCCGGUAUAAGGGCUGAAGGAGAUUACAGGGACAACUAUUCCCCCGGAUGGAAGUUCAAUCACUGGGAACUAAAGGGUGUCCCAAUACGCGUCGAGCUCGGUCCGAAAGAUAUGGCCAAGGGCGAAGUGGUGGCUGUUCGGCGACUUACGGGCGACAAGCUUACAAUCAAAAGGGAGGCUGUGGCAGCAGAACUCACCGUUUUACUCGAGAAGACCCACAAUGAUAUGUUUGAAAGGGCAACAAAAGAAAGAGAUGCAAGGUUAUCAUUUGUCACCAAAUGGGAAGAUUUUGUUGCUGCAUUGGACCAGAAGCACAUACUGCUUGCACCAUUUUGUGGUGACAUACCAUGUGAAGAUCGCAUUAAAGGAGACAGUGCAAAGACAGAUGAUGAUCCCACUGCAGAGGUCAAGGGACCGGCAAUGGGUGCUAAGUCACUGUGCAUACCAUUCAAGCAACCGAAGGAGAUUACUGACACAGAUCAAUGUAUACAUCCUUCAUGCAAAAACAAGCCAAAAUUUAUAACAUUGUUCGGACGGAGCUAU